AUGCUGGGAGGAAAUGCCAAUGGUGCUGGGAUUGGUGUGAGCAGACAAUUGGAAGAAUUUCAAAGGAACAACCUUCCGUUGUUCAAAGGCACUCACGACCCUGAAGGCACUCGGAAGUGGCUGGAAGAAAUCAAGAGGAUUUUCAGACUGAUUGACUGUGCUGAGAACUUGAAGGUGAGGUAUGGUACUCACAUGCUAUCUGAGGCAGCUGACGACUGGUGGAUUUCUACCAAGACAGAGUUGGAUACUGAUGGGAUAGCAAUCACUUGGGUUGUGUUCAAGAGGGAAUUUCUGAGGAAAUACUUUCCUGAGGAUGUUCGAAGAAGGAUGGAGAUUGAGUUUUUGGAGCUGAAGCAAGACAAUAUGACAGUUCCAAUGUAUGCUGCCAAGUUUGUAGAGUUGGCAAAGUAUUACACUCCUUACAACAAUGAUGAGGCUGGUGAAUUUUCGAAAUGCAUCAAAUUCGAGAAUGGCCUCCGUGAUGAAAUCAAGCAGGGUAUCAGAUAUCAGAGGAUUCGACGGUUUGUUGAUUUGGUUGACUGUAGCAAGAUAUUUGAAGAAGAUAACAUCAAGAUGAAGUCAUCUCACUCUCGCGAGUUGGUCGACAGAAAAGGUAAGAAGCAUAUGGACAGAGGUAAGCCAUAUGGUAAAGGUAAAGCUGUUGAUGGGAAGAAGCUUACUGGGGGAGACUCCAGUGCUUUUGUCAGGUGCUACAAUUGUAGCGAGACUGGUCACCCUAUUAAUGCUGAUGAUCUGGCUAUGACUGCUAGACAAGUGAAUGAGGCGGUUGAAUACGGUGCAAUGGUGUUUAUGUUGUUUGCGUUGAUGGACUUGAAGGAGAAGGUAGUACGUAAUGAACUACCAGUAGUAUGUGAUUUUCCGAAAGUUUUUCCAGAGGAUGUAAACGAGUUACCGCCGGAGAAAGAAGUAUAA